ACGAGACGUGGAUGGUUGUUAUCUCAAGGAUAUUUUUGUUCUGUCGCCGAAAUGAAUUUUCUGCCACAUCCCUCGGUGAGAAGGAAAGGAAGGAAAUUAGUAAGGUCUGCUCGAUAGGAACCCAAAGAUGAUGAAGUGGAUCCUUUUCCUCUUCGUGAACGUCCUCGCCUCCGCCAACGUUCAGAGGCAGAACGUGAAGCAAGAGGGCUCGAUUUUGGACGUCCUCACGGAAAUGGGGCUAACGACCGUUCUGGAGCUCAUCGAGGCUGCUGGACUCUCAGAGGCACUCGAUACCGACCCUGGUCCAAUGACGGUGUUCGUACCGGUCGCCGACAGUCUCUCGCAAGAACUAGUGGACUUCUUGUUGUCAGACGUAGAGUUGUUGACGGAUUUGUUGACGUAUCACGUGGUGGUCGACCAAGCCCUCCUCUCCUCUGACCUCAGUAACGAACUCGUCUUGCCCACUGCCCAGGGUACCACUCUUCGCAUCAACAUCUACGACGUCGAUCCCACUGGAACGGUCUACUCUGUGAACGGGGUUCCGAUCGAUUUGUCUCAGGUUGACAUUUCGGCGAGCAACGGCGUCAUUCACUUCAUGUUCUACAUGCUUCUUCAGGUCCCUAUCGGCGACACGGUGGAAACUGCCCAGUUCCUGGCCAACAGCAUUGGAGACUAUGGGAACAUCCUCUAUGCCGCAGAUCAGCUUGGCCUCCUCCCAAUGUUCUCCGCCAUAAUGCUCAAGGCCAUCCCGGACGACAAUCCGAGAUACGUUCCUUCCGGUGAAUGGGGUUUUACAAUCAUUGUGCUAGAAAUGGAGACGAUGACGGGGCUGCUUCCAUCGGAUGAGUUUUUCUCAAUGGACAUGAUUGAAGAUCUGCUGGCAAAUGACAGAGAGACGUUGAUGGAGAUUCUCAUGGACCAUGGUACUGUGGGCUCUUAUUUUGGAAUCAGCAUUGGAGAACGGCGGGAAUUCUCCACCCUCUCCGGAAGAACCCUCAUCGUUCAGGAAGUCGAGGGGGAAUACUUGAUCCAAGACUCGGAAGGGAAUCAGUUGUCCAAGAUCACCGGAGGAGACAUUCCCUGCACGAAUGGAGUCGUGCAUUCCUUGGACAUGCCGAUCAUCUUCCCUUGAAUCACCUCCAUGGUAGAGGCAAUGGAAUGAAGAAAAAAAAAGGAAUAAUAAAAGAAAGACCUGAUUCUCUGGUGUU